CCUGGAUGUUUUUCCCGCGAUUAUAAAAGAUGGCGCCACUUUCGUGAAUCGGUUGAUGCUGAUCACUUCCUCGUUCUUCUGCGAAAGCGUGAGUGUCUUUUAGUGAAGAAAAACCUGGCAUCAUGGGUCGUAUGCACGCGCCUGGAAAGGGUAUAUCCCAAUCAGCGCUUCCAUAUAGGCGGAGUGUACCGACAUGGCUGAAAUUAACACCUGAAGAUUGCAAAGAUUUAAUCUUCAAACUUGCAAAGAGGGGUCAUACUCCAUCUCAGAUUGGUGUGAUCCUUCGAGAUUCUCACGGAGUGGCACAGGUACGUUUCCGAACAGGAAACAAAAUUCUGCGUAUUGUAAAGAGCAUGGGACUUGCUCCGGAUUUACCAGAAGAUUUGUAUUAUUUAAUUAAGAAAGCGGUUGCCAUUAGAAAGCAUUUGGAGCGUAACCGAAAAGACAAGGACAGCAAAUUCCGUUUAAUUUUGGUUGAAUCCAGAAUUCACAGGCUGGCCCGUUAUUAUAAAUCCAAAGGAUCCCUUGCACCUAACUGGAAAUAUGAAAGCUCCACAGCUAGCGCUCUUGUUGCGUAAAUUGCAAUAAUAAAGAAAAAUGUAUGAAUCAAUUUUUUCUAUUCAUUUCUUAAAUUACUAUACUUAGAAUCCUUUGUAAUAUUUCGGGAAAAAGGUGAAUAAAGUUUAUUCUUUAUUGAU